ACCAGCACGCAAUCUUUCAACUAAACCGUCAUUUUCUGCUCCACUUGUUGUCAGUUGGACUUCUUACUCUCUGUAGCUCCUCACUGUAUCCAUCCAUCCACCCUGCCUGCCUCUGUCCCACAUCUCUGCCUGGCUGAGUGGGAACUACUUUUACAUUUGAUGGCUUUGGAAGUAAUCUUAGUAUUCUUGGAAGAAUUCUUAGGAUAAUAAUUCUGGCAGAAGGAGGAAUUCCCACCAGGUGAUUUGCCCCCUGCUGUAGCGACCAGGGGAGAGGAGGAGUUGUGGAUCCAGGAGCGGACCAUGGAGCAGUGUGAAACUGCUGCGAGCCCCAGCAUAGAUCACCAAUGGAAGGCAGCGACAAUAAUGAGGAAGGCCUGGAUCCAGAGCAGAGACUCCUGGCAGGGCCUCUCUGAGAGCCAGGACACCCAGGAUCAGGAGGGUUCCAGCGAGAAGACACUGUGUCCAGAUCCCACUAUGGAGGAGAAGACAGUCCCGGCCGAGGAGCCAGGGCCCGUCCCUAAGAAGAUUGCGAGCUGGCUCAAGGACUGCAGGACUCCUCUUGGGGCCUCUCUGGAUGAACAGAGCAGCACUCAGUCCAAGGGAGUGCUAAAGAAUGGCUGCAGCUUUGAAGACUACUUUUCUCUGGGAGCUGAGGCCAACCACCUUCAGCCCAACAGUGCCAAAGCAGAGACACCCAGCUAUGGGAUAUGUGCAAAGGACAAGAGGAGCCAGUUCCUACAGAACAGGAGUAUGAACUCAAUAGGCUCAGGGAAGAGCAGCACCAGUGUAUCCAGUGUGUCUGAGUUGUUGGACCUAUAUGAAGAGGAUCCAGAAGAGAUCCUGUAUAACCUGGGGUUUGGCCGGGAGGAGCUGGAUAUCGCCUCAAAGAUCCCCUUGCGCUUCUUUAACAGCCCCUCUUGUGCUAAGGGCAUCGAUCUCAAGGUCUACCUGGAAGCACAGCUACAACGCACAGAGAUGGAAAAACCCAACUAUGCCCUGACAAGUCGUUUCCGUCAGAUCGCGGUCCUGACCACAGUGGCCAACGAAUUAUUCCAUCUCUACUCCCAGGUGUCGGGCCAGCCCGUCCAAAAGAUCUGCAGCCUGGAUGGGGAACCCCUUACCAUCGUCACUCCUUCUCCUCUGAAGAGGAACAACUCAGCCCUGAACGCAGCCAAGAUCCUAAAGAAGACCAUCACCAAGCAUAACCUUUUCGGUGGGGCAGCAGAGGAAGUCUCUCAUAGCCCMACAGCCCUGUCUACUACCACAGGGAAACAAGCAGACCAAUUGAGUCCAGGUACAGGGGACAGCACCAUCACUACUGACUCCGACCACAAGGGGGAGCUCAAGCAGAAGGCCUUCAUGAAGAAGGAAUCUACUUCUCUGGCUAUGUUGACUGAGGACAGCCACUCUAGAGGCAGCACUGAAGCCCCGCUGAGCAUCAACGGACACCACCCUGGAGUGAAUGGAGACAGUCCCAAGCUAAAUGGAAAUGGCCUGGCGUUGACAGGAAGUAGAGAAAAUCACAUCUCGUUCACUGUCAGUGUUGUCCCUGAGGAGGCCCAGGAGGGUGACCUGAGCCUGUGCAGCGAGGCUGACCUGGAGAAAAAGCACCAGGAAAUCCAUCAGAURGGCCAGAGGGCCAUCCGAUCAACCCCAGGCGAGGAACCUAACUACAGCCUGAUGCCCAACCUUCACAUCGCCCACCACCACACGCAGGCCAAGGAUUCCUUUGAGAUGGAAGAGGUCCAGAGUAAUGAGGAUGAAGCUCUACCUGGAACUUGCAGCCCCUCUAGAGCUGGCAGUGAACAACAACUGAGAACAACCAGCCAGCAGUCAGACAGUAGUGGUUUUGCAGAGGGCCCCUCUACUGAUGGCUCAGCUAACAAUUUAAAGGUACAGGAGAGCGCUGACAGCUGUGAUUGUGAGACCAUGCUGAUGUCCUACGCUGGGGAGGUGACCACUCCUCUAGCCCUUGAACACCCUGCCUUUGAGAUGCUGCAGUUAAAAGAGGAACAGGAGGAGGAGGAUGUGCAGACACCCUCUGUCCUACAGAAACACCUUGAGGAGGACGGGGGGGGGAGCAAGAGCCCUAUUGGGGAGGAGGAGCAGCGGCAGGAGGUGCCACAGUACACCUUCCACCAGUUACCUAAACCAGGAGAUAGAGGAGUGGCCCAAGACUUGGAGCAGGACCAACAGCAUAGCACUGCUGAGGAAGCUGCUUCUUAUCCUGCCUCUGAGACUCCUCAGUCAACUCCUGAGACUUGCCAUACUGUUGAGGCUGAUCUUGACACGGCUACAGUGCCUGGUCCUACAGAAGACCAUGGCUCCAUCCUGGCCCCUGACUGCAGCUCCUCUGGUGCCCCAGCCAGGGAGGGUGUGCCUGACAGGGUGGAGAUGGAAGCCAGGCUCUCCAGCCCUAGCCCCAGCUGCCCCAUCCUCAGUGCCUCAGCCAGGGUCCACGGGGCCCUCUACAGGGCCCAGCAGAGGGCCUUGUCCCCAGGCCUCCAGGGCGCCUGCAUGGAGGGGAAGGUGACAGCGAGGGAUCUGUUCAGGAGAAGAGCCCCCCUGACGAGGUCCCGAUCCCUGCCUACCUCCCUCCUCAGCCCCUCCCGUGCGGUCUCCUCUGUCAGGAUACAGUUUGGCCAGGAGACAGUCAGGCACUGCACUCGGACGGUCUUUUCCUACCGAUACACCCCAGAAGUGCAGGUGGAGGAGGAGGUGCAGGUGGAGGAGGUGGUGCAGGUAGAGGAGGAGGAGGUGGAGCUGGAGGUGGGGUCCAUUGUGGAAGAGGAGGUUGCGGAGGAGGGGGUUCAGAGGAGAGGCAGCUUUUGCUCUAUCUUAAUUAUCAACAGAGAGGCCGAGCCAUCUCAUGGCCCCGGGCUACAGAGAGAUGGGGAUCUGAGAAAGCUUCAAGGCAGAGUUCCCCCWUACCCCCUGGCCAUCCCCCGCCACCUGACCUGCUCAACCAUCUCACUGCACAGCCCCACUCCUGAGUGGGGAGAGAGACCUCUGGUGGAGCACCACCGUGCCUGGAGCACCUGCAGCGUACCUAACCUUACCCAACGUAACCUGGCACAGCAUAACCACCCUAACCUGAACCACUUCAAUAACCGUAACCUCACUCAGCACAGCAACCCUAACUUAAACCUCACUCAGCACAGCAACCCUAACUUAAACCUCACUCAGCACAGCAACCCUAACUUAAAUCUCACCCAGCAUAGCAACCCUAACUUCAACCUCACCCAGCACAUCAACCCUGACUUUCAACCUGACUUCAACCUCAACCAGCACAGAAACCCUGAUUUCAACCUCACCCAGCACAGCAACCCUGACUUCAACCUCACCCAGCACAGAAACCCUGAUUUCAACGUCACCCAGCACACACAGAAAAACUCUGAUUUCAACCUCACCCAGCACAGCAACCCUGACUUCAACCUCACCCAGCACAGCAACCCUAACCUGGCGCACUUCAAUUACCCUAACCUCACCCAGCACAGUAACCCUGACUUCAACCUCACCCAGCACAGCAACCCUAACCUGGCGCACUUCAAUUACCCUAACCUCACCCAGCACAGUAACCCUAACUCUAACCUCACACAACACAACCUAGCCCAACACAAUAACCCUGACCUCCCACAGCACACAGCCCCCAACUUACCCCAUCAUAUGGCCCCUAACCAUUCUCACCAGAGUCCUCCUUACACUAACAACAUGGGCAACACCCUUCCACACAACUUCCCACACAGCACACACUACCCCUUUUCCCCGUACAGCUCCUCCUAUAAUACCCCGCCCCAUAGCGACCCUUUCAGUUCACCUUACUAUAACUACCACGGUAACCCAUAUAGUGGGUCCCACAGCUACCUACACAGCAACACUCAUUAUACUGCCCAUAGCUCUUACUCUAACCCAUCACACACACCUUCCAAACUGCCUCCACAUCUCUCUACUGCCCCCUAUGGAGAACCAUACAGUACUCCAUUCCCUGGCCACCGUCAUCUGUUUCCUUACCCCCAUGGAGUUGAUCCUAUGGGGGCAGCCCCUAAUUCCCACCUUCCACCAGCCCUGUCUACCACUGAGAUGCAGCUCAGACGGGUCCUUCAUGACAUCAGAGGAAGUGUACAGAACUUGGCUCAGAAUUCAUCAGAAUGCAGAGCAGACAUUUUCAAUCCUCAGAGAUCUGCCCAGCCACUGUUUGAGACCUCUCUCCAGAAGGAGCUGCAGGCUAAGAGAAGGAGUCUGAAUGUGUUCCGGACCCAGAUGAUGGAUCUAGAAGUGUCCCUGAUGAAACAACAGGCGUUAGUCUACCAGCACCUCAGUCACGACGAGAGGCAGGAAGCGGAGCAGCUGCAGGACCUGCGGUCAGCAGUGAGACGGGAGCUGAAGGAACUAGAGCUCCAGCUGGAGGAUCGGCUGCUGACCUUGAACGAACAGCUCCGCUCUGCCAGCCACCACAGUCUCUACCGCCACCGCAUGAGCGGUCACAGCAUGUACAGCCUGUCUAACAGUUCUGCUCUGAGAGCUAUGGAGCCGAUGUCGAACCUGCUGAUGGAACCGCUGUACCUGCAGACAGAGCUGGGCUACGAGGGUGGGGCAGAGAGCAGACCAAGCAUGGCACCCACCCCGAGCUCAGGCCGCUCCUCCAGGUCAGCCAGUCCAAUGAGGUCCUCCGGAUGUCACCCAGGCUCCUCCCACACCCCAGAGCUGCCCCUCCCAGGACCCCAGAAGACAGAGGUGUACCGAGUCUCCAUCUCCCUCACCCCAGCCCCCCCUCCACGGCCUGGUGCCUCCACAGGGUUAUCCCAGGGCCAGAUCAGUCCUCUAGAUGCCCAGGACCAUGCCAUAGACCAGGCACUGACAGGAGAGCAACAUCCAGAGGAUCGAGCGCAAGGAGAGGAAGAGGGCAUAGGAGGAAGAGGGGCAGCUGUAGACCCUCACCUGCUAGAGGAGAGCGGUAGGGAGGGAGGAAGAGGAGGAAGAUUAGGUAUAGGAAGGGCAAACAACCCCCAGCUACAGCAGCUCAUCAAGGAGAUCAAAGAGAGCCUUGCUGAUGAGAUCCGACAGGAGAUAGCCAGCGAGCUCCUGGCGGCCGUAUCUCCACGACGAUCACCUGUGUUGGCCAGAGAACACCCCCUGUUAGACUGUUGACAGGUCCUACAUCUGAGUUGAAGAUAACCACUGGUAAAGUCUACCAAUUCUACUCAACCUGAACACUGGUGAAGCCAUACACUGAACAGCCCAACAACCUUUUUACCACUGUUUCUACUAUUUCCAGAGAGUCUGAUGAUGGCAGAUACCUUAACACUGUGUUUUCAACCAUAUAGGUAGAGUUUUUUUUAUUUCUAUGGUUUCUUCUCCUGAGUAAUCUGCUGACUGACAGAUACUCUGGGGCCUCAUUUAUAACCGUUGUGUAAAUUUCACACUAAAUAUCUGAAUAUCUGCGUGUGCCAUUUCUGAAAAGACUGCAUACAUACAAAAAUAUUGAGAUUUAUAAACUUGGCACACACCAUACACCCGUCCUGAAACUGCAUGAGUGAAAGAGCAUCAGUACUCUGUCUGAAAAACGCCCAUCAUUCACCUUUUAUGGUGACAAAAAAAAACUUAUUUGCUGUAUACUUUGGAAGUAUUCGAGCAGUUUUCUAAAGGAAAUAGCAAUAGCGAACUUGAUCAAAUGUCUUUGGAGGUGAUUGCAGAAUGUUAUACUUUUGCAAUGACAUUUGCUGUAGGCCUAGGCUAUCUGAUAGACAAAAAGUUUAUGAAAGACAACAACUAUUGCAAAUUGCUGUUGAGCUGUAAGCAGACCGUUUGAAUUUAAUUGGGCCUAAUGUUUUGCAUUGACUUUUUCUCGAAACAAUGCUGCACUGCCCUCGAAUUCUGAAACCUUCUCUACUUACAGUGGUAGACAUGCACACUACAAUGCACCUGUUCACCUGGUAAAUUUUAAUUUAGUUACAAACCUGCUUCCUUUCUGAUGCAUAGAGCAAAAUACUUGAAAUAAUAGCUUAUCUAAUAGGCUUAAUUAAAUGAAUGAUGCGCAUGGUAAUUUGUUUAAGGCUAUGGUUACUUCAGAAAUUUGGACCAAUAAUGUCCAGAAAAGGUGAAGAAUUUAUUCUGCAAUAGUUAUGAAAAGAUGUAUUGUGUAUAAAUGCAAUAUUGUCUACUCAAGAAAUGUUAAAUUACAGUAUUCAGAUGUCGGCUACAGAAGUAACCUGCAACCCGUCUGUUCCACCGUUAAUACAACUGCGCUCUGGAUCGGAUGGCAUAGAGCAAAAUACUUGAAAUAGCUUAUUUAUUUACUACUGUGAAGUGGGUCCAAUUAAAGGAGAUAUGAGAUGAAUGGUGUCCUUGUUGUUGSCCUAUAUAUAGGCUACCUCGUGAGUAUGACACCAUCACAGAAAAGGUGAGGAAUUUAUUAUGCAAUGAUCAUGGAAAUAAAUAAUAAAUAAUAGCCAGGGAUAUAGAUGAUUGUCUAAUUAUUUUUAAAUCCAAGGAUAAACUAAAUAUAUUUUCGCUYUACUCACUAAUGGAAAAUGAUUGCAUCUUGUUAUUAACCUGUUUAUUGUUAUGCAUAAGCGUGUCCAUAUCCUCCAUUUGCACAAAAUAUAAAUGCACUUGCCUGCUUGCAAUACAAUAUUUCAACCACUAGAAUCUGCAUAAGCAUUGUCUAAAGUCUGCGAGAAGGCRAGCACGUUUUUACAUCAGGUUCAGUUUUUAUAAAUGCCAACUUUUGCGUGAAAAUUGGCUCACACAUUUUUUGGGAUAUAUUUUGUUCCUGCCAAAGGUUUAUAAAUGAGUUCCCUUGUAUCUUUAGACCUGUAUGCUGUGUGCCUUGGAGACACUAAUGCUGCUGUAUACUUGCUGUUAUAGUGAACUGUCUUGUUCUCUGUCUUAACCGUCCUAUUUCAAACACUCAGAAUGACKAACUACUGCAUUACUCAUGUGUUGUCCACAGGGGUGGAAUUGGAGGGGAACUAGAGUUCGCAAAGUAAAAUAAUUUUGACAUGUACAAAAUGUGUUUAAGUAACUCCCCAGUGUUUCCAGAUUUCUGUGAAACAUGACCUAUAAUUACUUACAAUAUGAGCUAAAUAGUUUUCCUUGUAUUUUUUAUAUUUUUUAGUAAGUGUGUUAAAAAGCUGUUUUUCUGUGUUGGAAUGUUAUGGGUGUACCCCAACAACAGAAUGGUGUGGGCAUAUACCCRGUAUUUAAAAAUAUUAAUGCUAGUAGACCGCUGAUUGGCUAUCUCCUCCUCCUCAUGGAGAUGACAUCAUGUUCUAUGAGGAAAUGGCAAGCAUUUUUGUGUUUUAUUUUUUUCAAUUAAUGCUGGCAACAUAUGAGUAUAGGAAGAGUCAACAAUUUUKGGGGGAUAUGAGUUARCAGAAUAUGAACUUUUAAAAGUUCGAUUUUCACUGGGUAGUUACUUWAAGGUAAAUUCUAGGAUCAGUGAGUUCCCAGAGUGACUUUUCUCCAAUUCCAUCUCUGGUUGUUGGUGACAUUGUUAUUAUGUUAUGAUAUGAUCCUGACGUUGUGUAUGUGUUGUAUUUAAGCACAUAGAUGUGGAUCAGGGUGCAUCUCUUGUCCUAAAGUUGAAAAAUAGAGUUAGAAGAUGAUUAUGGUUGUAUGGAAAUUUAGUGUCAGCUGUAAAUUACCAUGCCCUCUUCUAAUGCCAUCUCUAUGAGGAACUAAUCAGAGCUGGUUUCAAAUACUAUUUGAAGUCUUUUAAAUACUUUGAUUGUUUGCUCAGCUUGCCUGUAGUGCCAGGUGGGCAGGGUUUACCGUUUUGGGACUAUUCUAAUGGMUCAUUAAGCCAGGCAAGGUCAGAUAAAGUAUUUGAACCCAGGUCUGGAACUAACUAUGCAAUACAUUUCACUGUCUCUGAACUUGAAAAUAUCCUUAGUAGAAAGACUAUAUAGAGUUCUAUCAGACAAGAUACUGUUAAUUCUACUGUGUUUCUACUCUCCAGUUCAGGCCACCUGUCUGUCUCUAWUAUCUCUCUUUUUUAUUACCCCUUUAAAGAAAAUAUCUCAGGACAAAUACAUUUAGUGGUUUUAACGUCUAUUUAAGAUAAGAAAUACAGGUAUGAAUUUUUGUUUGUUUUUAAUGUGAGACACUAACGAAAACACGCAUCUGGGUCGUAUUCAUUAGGCACCAAACGGAGGAAAAUUGAUUGAAUCGUGGAGGGACUAACUGGACUUACUUUCUGUAGAUUUUUUUAAAAUAACGUUUUCCAGUGUUACCCUAAUGAACACAACCCAGGACAAAGGUGUGAAAUGAAUAUAAUGCAUACAUUUAAGUGGUGCUUUUCAAAAGCAGUAGUUGAUGCAACCCAAUUAAACUUGUCGUUUCCAGUUUGGACAAAUUAUGUACAUGAUGUUUAUGUUAAAAUUAAAUAUUGGUGCACCUAAAAUAUUGAAGGAAUGCAAAAGGGACUAAUUUCGUGGAAUGACCCACUUACUACAUAGCUGAUCUGUACUUACCUGUAGCUUACUUGUACUUACUAAUGGUCAAGCACAGACGAACAUGCAACUUAUAACAUCUCUUUUCCCCUAUAUUCUGAACUGUGCAUCACCCCUGAGGUGGCACCCAGUCGCUUGUCCGGCCCGCUCCACACCUCCAGCCCCUGCCUCUAAUUCUCUGGUAUUUCCUCCAGAGGUAUUAGGUGUUCCUAGGUCGUACGUGUUUAGAGGCACAGAAUGAUCCCAGAGCAUAAAUGGGCACCAUUGAUGGCAAGGCGAAAACACACUGGUURCGUCUCAAAUGGCAUCCUAUUCCCUACAUAGUGCACUACUUUUAACCAGGGUCAAAAGUAGUGCAGUAGGGAAUAAAGUGCCAUUUGAGACGCAGAACUGCCCCAACCAUGGGCACUGGGACUGUGGGCCUGUUUGUGUGUCACUCAGUUUGACUUGGCGUGGUGUAAAUAACAGGUCUGUGUUGUGAGGUUAUUACUUUUCUCUAAAGCGCUCCUUUAUAUUGUUUAUUAUGGUUUCUCUGUGUACAGCACGUUGACACAUUGUGAACAUUACAUCAGCGUACUGUGUUUUGUUUUCUCAUUCUAGCUUGGAUCAUCUGCCAUUCCUAGACAGAUGCCAGACACAGAGAAAUGGGUCAUUUAUGGGUAAUUUAUGGGUUAUUUAUGGGUCAUCAAAGUCCUCAUUGAGGACUGCAUGUCAGAAUGUUGUUGUUUUGCCACUUCACUUAAAUUGAAGUUUUGGUCAGUCCUUGCAGACUACUACAUCAUCCACAAAUAAACAUGUUAUUUAUUUGUAUGUAUUUGAACAUUGUGGUUACAUUAAUGAUGAAUGAAAUCAAAUAAAUCUAAUUCAUGAAU